AUGUUCCCCAGGUCGAGGAGCUUGAGCUUUCCGCUGAGCCGAUGGAGCUGGAUGCCCCCCAGGUCGAGGAGCUUUUGGCCGAGCCGACGGAGCUGGACGCCCCCCAGGUCGAGGAGCUUCCCGCCGAGCUGGAGGCCAUUUUUUCCCCCAGCUGUGAGAAAGGACGAGGAUGCAGAGAGCACAAGAGCUCCGCCGAGCGUGGCCGAGGAGGUCGAGGACGCCCCCCUGACCGAGAAUCACAAGCUCGCCGUCCAACGGGCCCUUGCAGAGCAGGAAACGAAGCGCCAAAGGGAGAUCCGAACCGCGGCUUUGGCGCGGGUGCAGGGCUUCCUGGGCACGGUCAACGGCCCCUGGCUCGAGGUCUUCGUCGAGGACAGGGACUCCUACGACGAGGCCAGGAUGCGGGUCAAGAGUGGCUUCGAGGAUGGCUAUGUGCUGGAGUGCCAACUAAAUCUCGAGGGUGUGAAGGAGCUCCCGGAGAGCUUCGUGCCCGGGGCUAGGGUCGUCCAGGUCCGACUCGCGGCUCUGGCGCCGAAGGAGCCCGAGCUUCGGUCCGACAGCCUUGUGGGACGUGGGGCAACUGCUGCCACCACUGCCUCCGAGCAGCCCGCCGACACCAGUCAGCGCGUCACCACGCCGGAGCCCGUUGAGCCCACUGCCCCGGAGCCCGUCGAGCCCACCGAGCUCGUCGAGCCCACCGUUGCCACCGAGCGAAUGGAGACUGUGGAGCCCAUGCAGCCUGUCGUGUCGAUGCAGAUCGAGCCCAACACUACCGAGCCCGUCGAGCCCACCAUGCCGGAGCCCGUUCCCACUGCGCCAGAGCCCAAGGACUUGUGGGAGAUGGUCGUGCAUGGCAGGGUCGUGCGCUUCAGCGUCGAGCGCAACACGGGCUUCAGCCCGCUGGGGCCGCUCCGGGAGGUGAAGAUGGAGCCGGGCCACGCCAAGUUCCUGGCCCCGAUGCCCCAGGGUGUGCUGCUCGUGAAGGAGGACGUCUAUGACAUCGAUCCGGUUUUUUGGAGCAAGAAUGUCACCAAGGUGGGUUCCGCGCCGGACCAGCCGACUCGCGAGGACUGCCCGGACAAGACCGAGCAGGCCUCGGAGCAGGCCACCGACACCGAGGAGCUUGCGCCUGCGGAGAAGCCCGCGGAAUCUCAGGAGCCUGGCUCGCAGAUCGAGGAGCCCCCCACGGAGAACCUGGCGCGGGAUGCCGAGAUGCAGUGCUCCGAGCCCGAGCAGGCCGUGGAGGAGGUGCUGGGGCUCAAAGUCCACCGGACCUCAGAGGGCUGGUUCCAGCUCACGCCGAGGAGCCUGGAGGACUACGAGGCCGCCCGGACGGUGCUGAGCGCCAAGAUGGAGGAGAAGGUCGUGGCCAAGAUUCGGCUGGGCCUGGGGGACAAGUCCUGGUGGAGCUACAAACUUUACCAGGUCAACUUCAAGACCGAGAAGCUCGUGAGUCCGAGCAAGCAGUCCGUCCCGGUGGGCAAGGCGAAGGUGCAGUUCCAGCUGGCUUAG